UUCUCUAGUCCUUUUGGUAGAUGUCUUUGACUUGGACUAGUCGCUCCCACUGGCUUACACGCAAUUUUUUCUGCAAGAACACCAUCCCUUUCUCUUGAUCUUUGCUUCUUUACACCGCUUUUUCUUAGCUUUAAAAUUCCACAGCUACCCACAAUACCCACGCACGCACGCACGCACACACUUGGUUUCUAACUUGCAGCAACUCCACCCUCCGCGAUGUCCCUACUACGCCCCCGUCACCACUUAUCAACACUCACUGCCUUUACUUUUCUUGUAUUUUUCUCUGCCUCAGCUACAACAGUACUACUCUCCCAGCUAGGCAGUGGAUCACUUCAAGAGGGAGGGGAAGAUAAGGGAAAAGGAAGUGGGUUAGGGGCAUUUCCGCGAGUUCUGACUCAGAAGCGACACGGUGGACCAGGUUCUUCGCCCCCUUCGUGUAGAUCCAAGUGCGACAAGUGCUCGCCAUGUGAACCAGUUCACGUGCCAAUUCAACAUGGUUGGCGUAUGCCAUUAGAGUAUUACCCAGAGGCUUGGAGAUGUAAGUGUGGCAACAAGCUUUUUAUGCCUUGAAGAAAAAAACCAAGAGAGUACAAGAGGCAAAUACAGUGAAAAGAAAUGACUUUCUCUCUUGCUAUGUUACUAUGUUGGUAACUGUAGCUCCCAUUGGCUGGCUAUGGAGGUGGGUGCUUUUAUGUGCUUAUAUUAUGAUUUUGCCAUUGGACAGGGAGCUUUGGGAAUGUAAGUUGCUGUAGAGGUGAGGUUACUAUACCAAGAGGCCAGGAUACCUCUCUGUCUCUCUCUCUCUCUCCUUAACUAUCCUUUCUUUUCCUUGUUUUUUAUUUUCUUCCAACAUGCAUUGAUGCAAGUUUAUUGAUCAUUAGACAUAUUGUAAUUAAGUAGAAAAGCUGUGAUUAAGAUGAGCUUCUUUAUAAGAACAGAAGUUGAAACGCCUGAGUUCUUGCUUUC